UAUACUUCAUUCCGCCUUGAUGCGUUAGUAGCCAUUGAUCAUCUAUAAAAGCACGACGUGGAGAGCUAAUGAAGUAUUCACCGGUUUUACUAGUCUUGAGAAGUCUCUUAAAAUGACCAGCAAAAAACCCACCGAUGCCACCACUUUCUUUGUCGAUUUCAUGAUGGGAGGUACUGCAGCUGCUAUAUCGAAGACUGCAGCCGCUCCCAUUGAACGCGUCAAACUUCUUAUACAGAACCAGGGAGCUAUGAUUGCUUCCGGAAGGCUCGACCGUCCCUACAAGGGUAUCGCUGACUGCUUCAAGCGGACGGUCUCGGAAGAAGGGGCUAUCAGCCGUGCGUUGUGGACUUCAUAGUAUGACUGUUCAUGAUCUUCAUUCUCAAACGGGAACAGUGUGGAGGGGCAAUGGGACAAAUGUGCUGAGAUACUUCCCCACCCAGGCCCUGAAUUUUGCAUUUAAGGACACCUUCAAACAAAUGUUUGGUUUCAAAAAAUCAGAACAGUUCGGUUUAUGGGUUCUUGGAAACAUUGCCAGUGGAGCAGCUGCUGGAGCAUCUUCCUCUGUAUUUGUGUAUUCCCUUGACUACGCCCGCACACGAUUAUCUGCCGACGGCAAGAGUUCCGCUAAAGGAGGCCAACGCCAAUUUUCUGGUUUGAUCGAUGUAUACAGGCAGACCCUCCGUGCCGACGGGGUCGUUGGCUUGUACAGAGGAUUUGUGCCCAGCGUGGUUGGCAUCUGUGUGUACCGAGGCCUCUACUUUGGAGGGUACGACACAAUUAGAGACACGUUGCUAGUAGGGAAUUUGCGUGGUAACUUUGCUGCAUCUUUUGCCGUGGGCUGGAUGUGCACGACAGGAGCGGCAUUGGCUGCAUACCCACUUGACACCAUCAGGAGACGGAUGAUGAUGACGUCCGGGGAAAAGGUACAAUACAGGUCCUUUAUUGAGGCCGGAAGGCAUAUCGUAGCCAAAGAGGGUGUAAGGUCAUUGUUCGCUGGGGCAGGCGCAAAUGUCCUUCGUGGUGUGGCCGGCGCGGGUGUGCUAUCUUUGUACGACAAAUUCCAGGAACUCGCUUGGGGAAAGGUAUACCAAGCUGGAUCUGGUUGACAGUGUAUCGGAGGACGUGCGAUGCAGGAGAAAUAUCGCGGAGCAGUUAUCGUAGUUGAGAAGACGCUUAUCAGGCGCCCAUGUCUUCGACCUUAGAGAGUAAUUUAUAACUCGAUUGUUUCCUUUGCCUUGAACUUCCGACCCGCACGAUCUGCAGAUCGAAAACAGAAUUGAUUGCCAUACAAGUCAAAAGCGAUAUGCGGAGCAUCCAGGACAGUUCCUGAAUAUUGACCACUCAACGCGGAACUGACUGCUUCAACUGGCUCGAAUUGCGUUUGAAGCAAUGUGGAGUAUAGGGGAACUGCCAGCGUGAAAAUUGAGUUCUGUUUUGGGAUCA